ACCCCGCUUCCCCCUGCUUCCGGCCGCUCUUAAUUCCGCUUCCGGUCCGACUCUGGCGUCUUUGCUGAGGGUCACAUUGAGCUGCGAGGUGCUGCAGGGGUGUCUUCAGUCCGCACCAUGGCAGAAGACAUCAAGUCCAAAAUCAAGAACUACCAGACUGCCCCUUUUGACAGCCGCUUCCCCAACCAGAACCAGACUAGGAACUGCUGGCAGAACUACCUGGACUUCCACCGCUGUGAGAAGGCAAUGACUGCUAAAGGGGGUGAUGUCUCCGUGUGCGAAUGGUACCGGCGAGUGUACAAGUCCCUCUGCCCCAUAUCCUGGGUGUCGGCCUGGGAUGACCGCCGGGCAGAAGGCACAUUUCCUGGGAAGAUCUGAACUGGCUCCACCCACCUCUCCUCUGUCCUCCAUCCUUCUCCCAGGGUGGUGAAGGGGGACCUGGGUACAUGGUGAUCCCCACCCUGGGAUCCUGAAUCAUGGCUUAACUAAUAAUAAAUACUCGUUAGAAAAGUGUAAGACUGUGUAUGUGUAAAACAACUGGGUGAUUGGGCAAGAAGCUGGGAUGGAAAUGAAUACCUUGACUAAUAAGAGGGACUUCAGGGGGAUUGUUUUUUUCUUUUUUUGCUUUGCUUUAUGUUACUAAACUGACCACCUUCUCUAUACCAGACGGUAUAGUGAGUGAUUAUAGCCUCAGGCCCCUGUGCAAAAAUUUAUCUGUAUGUUCCCCUUCAUUAUCUAUACAAUUUCAAAAAACUUUUCUUACGUAAUUUUUGAACCACAUGGAAAUAGUAUAAUAAAAAUUGGGGAUCCCUGGGUGGCUCAGUGGUUUAGCGCCUGCCUUUAGCCCACCACAUGAACCUAGAGUCCCGGGAUGGAGUCCCACAUCAGGCUCCCUGCAUGGAGCCGGCUUCUCCCUCUGCCUGUGUCUCUGCCUCUCUCUCUCUGUCUUGAAUG